ACUUUCAUUCUGUUUACGAACUCUACCUGAUGGUGCAUCAUGGAUGCCUGACUGCCUGCUAUGUUCAACUUCAGGAAAAUAACUUUAUCAAUUGCCGCUGCCUUGCUUUGAUGGUCAUUUGUGUGUUUCCUUCCUAGAUUCGCAUGGAGUGUUGUGUGUUACAUGCAUUUGAGAAAUCAGCGCCGUUGACACUCGAAACAUUUGGCUUCGCAGUUUUGGCAUCCCAAACAUGAGGUCGCUUGAUUCAUUGACAUUUUCAUCUUUUUACAUCUGUUCCUUUAUAUUUUCACUGUGUAGUACACCUAAAAUGACCAUCUUAGCCCUUAAGAGCAUACAUGAGACAAGAGCAACACAUAGUUCAUCACAAACACCCGACGAGCAACACAAAAUGGCACCAGUUCACAUAUGGUUCACAUAGUUCAUCGAGUAGUUCUACAUAUAGUUCACACAUUUGGUAGCAGGUAACAGCACUUGGAACCAAAAUACACACAGCAUACAUGCAAGUCAAUUCCUCUUCCUUGUCUUCGAUAUCAGUUUUUUUGGACUUGGAACGGAAGGAAUAGAGAUAACGGAAGGGAAAGAGAAAGAUAGAGGCAAGGGUAGUAUCGUAAUUUCAUAUGCCAAAAUAAUGGAAAAAAGAAAAGGAAACAUAUUAGAAAUGUAAAAUGUCAAUGAACCAAGCGACCUCAUGUUUGGGAUGUCAAAACUGCGAAGCCAAACGUUUUGAGUGUUAACAGCGCAAAUUUCUCCUUGCAUUUGAUGCCAGGGCCAGACCUGCUCAUUGUUCAACAUCUAUCACAUGCCCGCAGACUUGGAUCAUCUGCAGUUGCUCUUGCUGCUGCUGAGAAGCACCUUUUGGCAUUCUCAAAUCUGGCAGUUGGGUGUUGCUCUUGCUCUGCUCAAAUAUGGACUGCUCAUCUUGAGAGCGAUGCCCGUCUUACUUUCUUCCCUUUGUCUUCUCCUAUGCAAAGUACUUCCUCCUGAAAAAAGAGCUUCAAUGAUAAUGCCUGCUGGUUAUGAGCUGAUAACUUCUGUGAUGGUGCUUGCUGUUUAAUAAGUAUACGUAUGGAUAUGUGUGCCAACUUGUGUGCAUUCUUUUGGAGCACAUUCAGUUCAGAAUCCUUGUUUUUCAAGUGUCAGCUAGGUGUGGCAUCUAGAGCUAAAGAUCUAUUUACAACAUGAUUCCUGUGGUCGUGAUAAGAUUUCUGCAACAUUUUGUCAUCAGCAUCACUGCUCGGCUUGCAGUGGCCUCGUGGGAACAGAGCUGAGAGCCCAUGAAUGGUUGGCCGUGCACUAGGGAUGACAGGCCGCCAACCAAAUCCAAUCGGAGCCAUGGCCGCCGCAUACGCGGAGCAGGAGAAGGAGCUCCUUUCGUCGGUGGUGGGCGACAUCCGGAGCUACUCCGGAUCCGACCCCCUCCGCCCAUGGCUCCGCGGGAUGCGGAAGAUGGAGCGGGCGCUGCCGCCGGCGACGCUGCGGGAGAAGCUGCCCAGGUUCCUCCAGAAGUGCGCCCAGGAGUUACAGGACGACCUGCGCUACCGCGACGACCCCCGCUACCUCCGCGUCUGGAUCCAGCUGAUGGACUAUGUGGCGGAUGCGAAGCCAUUGCUCAAGAAGAUGGAGAGGAAUGGAAUAGGUCUUAAGAGAGCUUCAUUUUAUAUGGCUUAUGCGCUAUAUUAUGAAAAGCAUAAGAGGUUCAAUGAUGCAGAGAAGAUGUACCGUCUGGGAAUCCAGAACCUGGCAGAGCCUAUUGGUGAGUUGCACAAAGCACAUGAACAGUUUAUUCUUCGAAUGGAAUCAUACAAGAGGAGGAAAGAUAAACUGCAGGAAAGAAUGCCUAGGAAAGCUGGUCCAAGUGAAAUAAUGCCUACGAAAGCUGGGCCUAGUAUUACACCUAUGACCCAAGUUGAAGGUGAAAGCAGAAACAGUAAAGAACUGAAAUCCAAUACAAUUCAGAAGUCAGGAAGCAGUUCUAAUACUUCAUUAGGUCGUCAUCCUCCAUUAGGACCUGCUAAAGUUGGUAUGCUAUCCAGAGGCAACUCAGGAGCAAACAAGAAUUUGUCCCGUUGUAAUAGCGAUGAUACUGUAGUUGUACGGUUUGUAGGCUCUGCAUUGGUUGGGAAGUCAGAAACUGAAGAUGCCUGCCAUCAUGGCCUGGUUGAACCAACUAUAAACACUAAGGAGGCUAUGGAUGCCAUCAGUAGCAUGUUUUUGGAACCAGUGGAACCUGAGACAAUGCUCAAGAGACGAUCAAAGCAUGAAAAGUCAAAUUUUAAUCAGCAACCAAGUGCAUUUGAUAUCUUUGUUGAUGAAGAUGAACCUAACUGUAAUGGUUCCAAGAUGCUCCACAGGAAUAGCAUGAAGCAAGAGCAUCCAAAGUUCAGUCAGCAAACAAGAGGGUUUGAGAUUUUUGUUGAUGAGGAUGGUCCUAAUGGCAAUGACCAAAAUGCAGAGCAAAACAGGAACUCUAGGAAGGCAAACAUGAAGUUAAAUCAGGAAACAAGUGGGUUUGAAAUCUUUGUUGAUGAGGAUGGUCCUAAUGGCAGCGACCAAAAUGCAGGACAAAAUAGGAACACUGGGAAAGAAAACAUGAAGUUAGAUCAGGAAACAUGUGGGUUUCAAAUCUUUGAGGAUGAAAAUGAGGCUAAUGGCAGCAUCCAGAAUGCCACGUACCACAAGAAUAACGGGCUUCCUCCAAGACCAUUGUGUGAUUCAUCAAGGCAUCAAGGCGAAAGUGACUUCCAGAAGCCAUUUGUUGGAGGAUUUGCAAUAUUGCCAGAUGAUGAAGAAGAACAAUGUGAGAAAACUGUUGGUGUAACUAUAAAUUCCAGAAAUGUGCAGCCUACUCAUGAUAAUAAUACUUUGCUCUGUCCAGUUCAAACUAAUUCUGGAACAAGAUAUCGUGAAGGUUCUCAUCCUGUUUGUUAUGGGCUUCGAGAAGACACAGUCAUUCAUAGGUUUGUUAGAUCCUCUAUUGAUGAUGAGCCUAAGGUGGAAAAUGCAUGCCACCAUGGAUUAGUGGAUCCAACUGUCAAUCUAAAGGAAGCUAUGGAUGAUAUAAAUAACAUGUUUGGGAAACCAUUGAACUUCAAGGGUGAGAAAACAAAGCGGAAAACUAAUGCGCUGUCAGAUGGAAAAGCAGUUUCAGUUUCUGGUUUCUCCAUAUUAGCUGAUGAUGACCUAAAAGAGAACACCUGCAAAGCCAGUCAGAGCAGUUCCUGCAAAUUUGGGGAUGAGAAUGGUCUGUUUGAGCCCACAAUCACCACUCGUGAUGUCAUGGCGGAGAUCAACGAUAUGUUUGGGAUGCCACUAGACUUCUAAGUUACUUGUUUAGAGUGAACUUGCCUUCACCUUUUCACUUUUCCAUUGAGAAAUACGCAGUGUAUUGAUGUAUUGCUGAUAUGAAGAGCUUGGAAUCAGGCGCCUUAUUUGGUGCGAAUGUGUUUACAGAUGCAUUGCUUCUCCCGGCGUUGGUGGAGCUUACAGCAGAUGUUAUGACAGUCAGGCGCGGAGAACUGGCAAAUAUCAAUUCUGCUGAAGUUGUCGCUGGUAUAAUUUAUCUUCUCAAGAGAAUGGCACAUUUACAAUUAGGAUCCACAUCUUGUUAGGAGCAACCAGGAUGGAUCGCUGUUGUAGUGUUGUGCUGUCAUAUAAUGCUGGUAUGAUGUUGCCACAUUGGCGUAACUGUUGGCACAGGGCUCAAUUUUUUGAUGCUGAAAAAGCUGAGACUUGUGUAUUUGAUGGAAAUUUAUCAUCUGAUAUCAAGAGUGGUACUUGUCAAAAAUCCAUUGUCUGA